AUAUACUACUACCUGAUAGUUGUACAACAUAUUAUGCUAUGUACCAUGCUAAAACUCCAGAGAGAAUAAAGAAGCAGGUACUGUCUGAUAUUGUAGUUGAUAGAAACCUACAUAUUGUUAUUGCAACAAGUGCAUUGGGAAUGGGGAUCAACAUUCGAGAUAUUCAAAGAGUUAUCCACUAUGGUGUCCCACGUGAUCAGAGUCCCAUGUUCAGGCUGUCGGAAGAGGAGGAAGGAAUGGCUGUAAUGUUUUGGCAAUAUUGUGUUAUAAAAAUUACCACCUCCAUCACUGUGAUGAAAACAUGAGAGCUUUUAUCAAAAACUGUGUACAAUGCCAGCAUUUAGAAGUCCUGAAAUACUUUAAAGAAAAGCAAAAAAAAAAUCAUUGCUAUUGUUGAUGCAUAACUGUUGGGAAAUCUGUUCUUCAGAGUGUGUAUGUGGAUUGUGUCCUGUAGAUGUGCAUAGAGGUACUGAGAAUACAAAUACACUGGCUCAUCCAUGUGAUAAUGCACUUAUCAUCGGUUCCCCAGGGGUUGACCCCCGGGACACCCAGGGGGCUUUUGUUAAGAGGACGGAACAAAACAUUAGCAGAGCCCCCUGGGUACAGGGGAAAGUUUAAUGACAAAAAUCAUGUUACACCCCCCGCCCCCGGGGCAAAAAAGCAAACAUAACGUCCCUAACAAAAACAUAAUAUUAUAUAACUGGUGAACUGGAUACAAAAUACAGCAGAAAAGUAAACAAUUUUAAAAUAGAUAUAAAACCAUCCCAAAUAACCAUCCAAAAAUGUCAGGUUCAAGCAUGUAAAGCAUGCAUGCCUGAAAGAACUUUAUUUGAGCAUGUGCUGAAUUAUAAAUAAUUAGGGUAAGAUGAAGUUUAUACUUUUCACACUCAACGAUUCUUAGAUACCGCUGACCAUAUGUGACACAAAAUCCUGCAGGUUUAUCCCGGGGGUUAACUGUGCCUGUUACCAAACCCAAACAAGUCCCUCUUCCCUGAGGGACACUAUUUUUUAUAAAAGAUAACAAAUCCCCUCCUGUUCCCGGGGGUUCCCCCUGGGGUGUCCCUGGAGUCGACCUCCAGGGAGGCAGAUGAUAAGUGCAUAACAGAAAAGAACUGUCAUCAACACAAUGUGUCUCUAGUGAAGAAAGACAAACAUUUGUCGAUGUAUUAAAAGAUAUUCAACAAGGUGGAAAUACUGCAGUAUUUGGUACAUUUCUGAAAAAUAUGCUUUAAGACAGUUUCAUCAAUGAAUUGGGCAAUGAUUUGGAACACCUGUUCAGUGUCGAAUACGUAACAGGGAAUGUUCCCAUUUUAGACAACAGUGGCAUGUGAAAUUUUAAAUGUUGUCAAUGAUAUAUUCCAGAACAUCGAUGAGGCAUCUUCAGAAGAACAUCACUUCAACUGGAUAAGAGAUGACUUUUACUUUUCUGAAGUAGCAGAUAGUUAUGAUAGUGAAGAAUCUGACAACUAA